CUCCGCUUCUGUGCGUGUUGCGCUCUGGUCGCUCCUGCAGCCCGGCACUCUCUCCCGAAGCCUUGGAGUAUUUAAAAGAAAGACAAAAGUGCCAACCCCUCAGUUUGAUUAACUUCCUGCAUUCAGACUCUUAGUCAAAACUUGAGAAGGAAGAGGGGGGAAAGGAAGAAGUUUUUCUCGUUCAAAUAGAGCUCUCUGAAGCGCAGCAACCGACUUCAUUUCUGUUUUGCUCCACAGAUCGUCGCGCCCUGCAGCAUUUAAAGGAGAGAAGCCUCUUCUGGGUGUUAAAAAAAAAAAUCCCCAAACUGUGUACCAGUUAGGCUACACCUGAGACCAUACAUGGUACGGAUGGUAAAAGAUUUGACGCCCAUGCAGCGCAGACUCGUCCCCUGAUUCCAGGCACCGAGUCCGAAGAUCCAGCACGCCGUGAAACUCCUGGGGGUUCAUGUACUGGAAAAAUGAAGUUUUGUCCCCUCUUUCAGAGGGAAAUAAGAUUCUGUCCGAAGGAAUUGCCACCAAGCAGGUGACCUGUGCCGAGCAUCAGAGCCCACCGGGAGCCCCGCGCUGCGCCCUGGACUCUAAACACACACCGAUGUCUCACUCCGACGGAGAGUCCCAGCGGUCCAACAUGGAGCGGGAGGACACCCACUCGUCCCCCAGCACCCCGUCCACCCCGUCCGUGUGCUCGCCCACCUCCACCUCCAGCUCGGUGCCGUCCACGGGGAAGAACGUGUGCGCCAGCUGCGGGCUGGAGAUCCUGGACAGAUACUUGCUCAAGGUGAACAACCUGAUCUGGCACGUGCGCUGUCUGGAGUGCUCGGUGUGCAGGACGUCACUGCGUCAGCACAGCAGCUGCUACAUCAAAAACAAAGAGAUCUUCUGUAAAAUGGAUUAUUUCAGUAGGUUUGGUACUAAGUGUGCCCGCUGCGGACGGCAGAUUUACGCCAGCGACUGGGUGCGACGCGCAAGGGGAAAUGCGUACCACUUGGCCUGCUUUGCGUGCUACUCGUGUAAGAGGCAGCUGUCCACAGGAGAGGAGUUCGGUCUGGUGGAGGACAAAGUCUUGUGUCGGAUCCACUACGACACCAUGGUGGAGAACCUCAAACGGGCAGCCGAGAGCGGCAACGGCAUCACGUUGGAAGGAGCUGUUCCAACAGAACAGGACGGUCAACCCAAACCAGCCAAAAGGGCGCGGACAUCUUUCACUGCAGAGCAGCUACAGAUCAUGCAGGCGCAGUUUGCUCAAGACAACAAUCCAGACGCCCAAACGCUACAGAAGCUAGCCGACAUGACGGGCCUCAGCAGGAGAGUUAUACAGGUAUGGUUUCAAAACUGCAGAGCAAGACAUAAAAAGCACACCCCCCAGCACAGUGGGGCUCCACAGGGUCACCCUCAGUCCAGGAUACCCUCAUCACUGCCUGAUGAACUGCAUUACGCCCCCUUCGGCAGUCCUGAGAGAGCGCGUAUGGUGGCCCUUCAUGGUUACAUUGACAGUCAUCCCUUUUCCGUCUUGACCUCUCAGAGUCUCCCCCACCAAGCCAUGACGCUGCCGCAGCUCCCACUCAGCCGUUAGCUCUCCACCAUGACCUGUAACCUCCGGAUCUUUACCACCAUCAACGGACAUCUCGUUGAAAGAUCUUGCAGGAGUCAGAAUGGACAAAAGACUAAUUUUACAGGAGCCAUGCCCACUCGUAAAAAGAAAAAGAAACUGAAAGAAGAAAAAAACUAAGACACCUCUGUCCCGAUGUUCUCUUCUUUCCGAGGACAGGAAUAUCCCACCUGCAGCCCGUCUGCCAAACGUGACUGUCGGACCUUUAUCAUUGGCAGAAAGUGACAGACUUUAUUAUACACCAACUGAGGGAUCCAUUUUGUACAGCAUACUCCAUUGCAUUCAGCCCCUGUCUAUCUGAAGAUGAGAAACCUUUUCAAGGGAUGAACCUGAUAAAGGAAGUAGGACUGAAACUUCAUAACCGCUGAAGAUAAAUUUAUGGGGGGGGAAUGUCAUUGUGGCCUGAAGGACAAGGCACACACAGUAGACCACAUUAGAGGUAAGACUCCUCUUACUUCUCUUUGUAAGCAACCAUGAAGGAAAUCCAGAUGUUAACAAAAUGCCGAAUGACUAUUGGCUAAAAAAAACUAAACACAAAAUAUUCCAAUUACAUUUUUGGUCUUUUUUUCACUCAAAUGAGGUGUAAUAUACAUCGUGCCUUACCUUUUUCAUUAGUAGAGAAUACUAAGAUCUUUAAACAAUUAUUUGAAUGUUCUUAAAAUUGAAGGUGUUAAAGAAAUUGUAGGGAUAUGAAAUCUUCAUAAAUCUUGGUAGAAUAUCACAGAUCAGGGCCUCAGACUCUGCUUUAGAAGUUGGACUUUUGUUUUUAUACCGAAGUAAAAUCAGCCAGAUUGUGACCUUUGUUUUGCUGAAUUGUGGCUUUGUGGCUUUGUCGUUAGAGGCACGAGUUACAAUCUUUCAGAGGCAGAUCUGACGAGCAAAAAAUCAUAUUACAUAUUCCUGCAAAAUUGGAUAUUUGACUUAUUUUUUCAUAUUGUCACUAACUUAUAAUUUAUACAGUUGCUUGUUCAGCCUCUGUGUGUGUGUGUGUGUGUGUGUGUGUGUGUGUGUGUGUGUGUGUGUGUGUGUGUGUGUGUGUGUGUGUGUGUGUGUGUGUGUGUGUGUGUGUUCACACAACGAGGGAAAGGGGGCAUUGGUACAAUAUGGACAAUAAAAAGGCUGAGUUUGUACAUAGUAAGAUGUGUGUGACUGUGUGUACGUGAGUGUGUAUUGCCAGGAGUAGCGAAUGUGUGUCUGUAUUUUGUGCCAUGGCCAUUGUGUGAAGAACAGGAUCCAAAAAGACCUCAAUGUCCUUGUAUUUAUUGAGAUGGUAAAUCCCUGUAAAGCACUUUUCCCUCUGAAAUGAUUUUGUUUUGACAAGAAACAAACAAACAAACAAAAAGAAACAAAAGGUUUAUUUGAUAGAAUGUACAUCAUUAAUGUUUUGUGUCAUAAAAUGGAAUAAAACUGAGUGUGAUAUUUUUGUCUGUUUUUUAAUUUGUUGUUUAGGCAUUUCUGGGGAUGAUGAAUCAUGUUUUGGGCUAAUUUCUGGUGAUGAUUCUCAAAGCAUAGAUUAAGCUUUAAUUUAAAUCACAAUGAGGCAUAAACUGCAUAGGAAAAAAUUGGUGUGAUGUUUAAAUCAGGCUUAAAUUUUAAGAAAUUUCAAAUGUAAAAAUACAAAAUAAAAUCCAUGAAUAUUAA